AUGACCACCACCACGAGUACGGCAACGCUGACACUGGAAACCACCGACGGCGGUGAGCAGCACGAAAAACGGCAGAAGUCGUCUGGACGUCUUCUGAAUCAAUCGAUCACCGAUAUUAUCGAUUUGGACGCCAACGACAGUGGAAACGAGUUGUCGAUGGGUGGAAGUAGCAGUGAAGGCGACUCAUCGUCCCACCACCGCGGCGAGCACUCUCCCAACCAACACCAUCAUCACCAUCUAUACCAUCAGGAGAGUCUUCUCGGUGUGCCACGUGGCAGCAGCAACAGCACAUCUACCGUAUUCCAACCGUUCGGCGGCGGCGGAUCAUCGCUAUUCGAUACGCCACAAUCGAUGCUCUCAUCGCCGGCAGCGCUGGCGGCGGCUCAAGCUCAAACGGCUAUGUCACCAUCGGGAUUCGGGACCAUCGAUAUGCGAAGCGAACUGUUUCGGUGUGCCGUGUGUCAGAAGUGCGAGCGAAUGGGCGGAGUCUUGCAGUUCGUUUGUGCGCAUAAAACGUGCCAAUCGUGCUUCCAAUCUCCACCAUUCAACGCUCCAUUCGAUUUGCCACGUCAUCAUUGCUCACUCUGCGGAGCCGGGACAGCGACCGCGGCCAACUUUCCACCCCAAAUGUUCCUGUCGCCAACCCUAACGACACCACCACACGCGCCGGGUCUUCUUCUCGAUGCCACGUCGUCAUCCAUCGGAUCUGCCACGUCAUCAUCAUCCAACCAGAAGACGUCCACCCCAAGAGCCUUCUCGUUCUCGUUGAGCGGUCUUCCCGGCACACCAUCGCCGAUUCAGAUGCCACGUCUCUCGAUGGACACGUGGUCGCCAAUGGGAUCCUCGGUCGCGGCCACCACACCAUCUGCCGGACCAUCACCUUUGACGAUUCGGAAUUUGCCAAGUUUGGGAGCCCAACAGAAGUCGCCAAUGAUGCAAAGUGCGUUUGAUUCGUUGGCUGUGCCACGCACUUCAAUGUGCUGGACGCCACGUCAUCCGACGAUGUCGUCGUCGUCUUCGAUGACACCGGUGCCUUGUAAUGGACAGGUGUUCACGAUGCCAUCACCGUCGCCACUUCAGAAUCCACCCGUCAAUGGUCCGGUUCCACCUAUUCCGUGUCAAGGAUGCGAGGGAAAUGGAGCAUUCGCGUUCUGCAUGCAAUGCCAAGAGGCUCUGUGUGCUCACUGUGUCCAAGCUCAUCAACGGGUCCGUGCCACGAAGCAACACGCGUUCAUCGAGCUCAACCAGCUGGUGGCCACUUUGAUGUCACGCAUGCAACACCAACAACAGGCGGCUCAAAUGAUGCACCAGCAGCAACAACAAAACGGACCCUCCUCGUCAUCCUCAUCGUCUCUGCCACCAGUACAAUUCUUGGGAUCAACUGGACGACCGACACUCGGAUCCGUCGGAAGUGGAGAUGGCCAUGGAAUGGACGAUUCGACGACAGCUUCCGGAGAAUCGUCUCCACGAUCCUCAUCGGUGUGCGGUCAACACGAGUCCCCAAUCGUUGGCUUCUGCGAGCACUGUCCCCAAUCGUCGCUGUGUGCGAUCUGCGUAGCUCAGCACCCCGGCCAACAUCGCGUCCAACCGAUUGGCGAUGUUCGAAUGGCGGUCGGCGAGCUGACGAACGAAAGUCAAGUGUUGCAGUGGCAAUGUGAGAAGACGGGCGAGACGAUUCAACGGCUGAUCGACGGCAUCGUCAAUAAUGCAUCGACGGCCGAAAACGAGAUCCGCACCGCAUUCGACACCCACGUCAACGCGUUGGAGGAGAGGAGAAAGGAGUUGUUGAAGAGAGUGGAAGCCGUCAAGUCCCUGAAGCUCUCCGUGCUCAUCACCCAAGCCGAACAUCUCAAAUCGAAGCAGCUGGACCUUCAAAACGCCAUCCAACUCGCCAAACAUCAAAUGGACACGGAUUCCGACGACGCGUCGUCUCUCCGACAGAUCUUCGAUCAACUGAUCGCUUGUCAAAUGUGCUCCACCGAACCCAACAACAACAUGCUCAACGUGUUGAUGCUGGCGUGUCAACUCAACGAGGACGAUCGUCUGAAGUUCACCGCUCCACAGGACGGCAUUCUGCUCAACAAGGCUCGCCAAUUCGGUUCCAUCGAGUCGGGUCCAUGUGCGAAGACCAGCUCCAUCGUUGGAGACAACUUCAAGAAGGCGAUUCGCGAGCGACAGACUGUGAUCUACGUUCAGCUUCGCGAUGCUUGUGGUGACCUUCUCUCCUCGUCGAUCGCAGCUACUCAGCCAACAGCCCAAGCACUUCUUCCCCAUCAAGCACCACACGCUCAUCUGGAACAAGCCAUGCCGACAGCCGACGUUCAGGCGUUUGUGAUCUGUCCCAAUGGAACACCAGUGGAUGUUUCGAUGACUCCAAGAGAGAAUGGAAUCGUCGCCGUCUCCUACUUCCCAGCGACUGAAGGAUCCUACACUCUGAACAUUCUGGUCAAAGGAUCCCCAAUCCAAGGAUGUCCAACAACGAUGGAAGUUCGACGAGGACGAAACUACGAUGAGAUCGCCGCCAAAGGACCAAUCCUGACGUUCGGAAAGGAAGGAUCUGGAGAUGGCGAGUUGUGCAGACCAUGGGGAAUCUGUGUCGAUCAGCUUGGCCGAGUGAUCGUUGCCGAUCGAUCCAACAAUCGAUCCCUGUCUGGACCAUUCGGCGCACCGGCCUUCUCCUCGACACCCACACCGCUCACCCCAUCGCCACGCCAACUCCUGGACCGCCCGACCGACCUGGCGGUCGGCCCGGACGGCCGAAUCUACGUUGUCGACUUUGGCAACAAUUGCAUUCGUGUCUUCUAG